AUGACGGUGCCGAAAGCUCGGAAACGAGCGUACGCCCCGAAAACCAGGUCUGGGUGUAUCACCUGCAAGUCACGGCGCGUCAAAUGCGAUGAGGCCAAGCCAGCAUGUCAACGAUGUCAAGCGAGGGACCUUGACUGCCGCUACGCAGCGGUGCCCAAGCCUUGGGUGUUCGAUGGAACCAGAUCUCCGUCACCACUGAGCUCACAGCAAGCUGGCUCAGAGCCGCCGGAGUUGCUACUGAAGCAGCGAGUGCCGCCGAUGCAAUUCUGGGGUAAUGAAGACGAGCAGCGUGCGAUGGUGUACUAUCUGCAGCGGACUGGACCUCUAUUCUCAUCAUAUAUGCCCAAAAAGUUCGAACAUCUCUUUGAGACCGUGUUCCCACGCAUCGCCGAGGAACUCCCAGCUGUGCGACAUCUCUUGCUGGCGGUGGCUCUCAUGGAGAGCCCGGUCAGCAACCUGCAUUCAGCUGGUGUACAGCGACAUACGAAGCUGAUCAUAUAUCAUUACUACAAGGCCUUGAGUGAGCUUCGUGAUCCGAACGUUCACUACGCUGAUGCGGCUCUCGCACCCAUCCUCGCUUUCGUUCUGGAGACCCUAUCUUUCAACGAGGCCCGUGCUGGAAUGCACUGCGUCGGCGCUCAGACGGCACUGGAAGUCUACGGACCCUCCAUAUCGUUGAGCAGAGACGAAUACAUUCUGGACGAAAGGCUACGACUAUUUCUGGACUAUACGUUUCGAUUCCGCUGCCUCAGGUGCAAAGUCGGGGAUCCUGGUGACGACCAGAUAUUGCUGGCCGUGGCAAUGCGGAACAUGGCUGCAGUGCCGCAGAAGUCCCAAGAUCUUCGAAAAGUGUUUAGGGAGUAUGUCGAUAAGUACGAACCUACAAAAAUGAUGGCGAAAGAUGUCGUGUCUGCGGUCGAGUUCGUGAGGAAGUGGGUCAUUGCUGUGAUCCAGAGCAGGUUUCUCUCCUCUGAGCCUAGUGUUAUAUUCACAAGCCUACAGUUACUGGCCAACCUCAUCAUUCUGCUACUGCCCAUACCCGUCAGGAAUGCCGUUGCAGGAGAUGAAACAGAAGGUCUCGGCAUCGAUUACGUUCUGGACCAGUGUUAUUACUUCAUGCACCCGACGGAGAACAGCAAGUCUGUCACGGAGGCUCUCAAGGAUAUCGUGACGAUGAUGUUGCAGCUUAUAUCCAGAGGGGCACCGGAUCCAGAGCGACGAGGUCGAGCCAAACGGCUGUGGAGAGAGGUCGUCGCCACUGGAAGCAUUGCAGAGGAACCAGUUCAGCCCUGGGCUAGUCAUACUAGUGUCAAUCAGGUGCCAGAAUUCCUCGACAUAACCGCCAUAGACACGCACGCGGAAUCUCCGACGGUCAACGAAGCCGAAUGA